AUGGGUCUAGAGAGGCUUCUUCUAGCCUCCAUCGUUGCCAUGUCGAUCUUUCCUCGCAUGCUGCUAAAUCUUGCCAAUUCGGAGAAAAUCUUCCCGGAGGCUGAAGGCCCGACGGCCGAAAGUUCGGACGAGCUGUGGCUCAGGUCCCGGCAGCCGCCGAGGGUCGUCGACGUCGACGACUACGGAGCCGAAGCCAACGGAUGCAAUGACACCGAGGCGUUUCUUGCGGCGUGGAGAGAGGCAUGCAACGCCUCCGACUACCGGUCCGUGUUCCUCGUGCCUGAGGGGAAGACCUACCUCCUGACGCCCGUGAGCUUCCGUGGCCCUUGCAGAGCUAGCUCCAUCACUGCAAUGAUAAAGGGGACUUUGGAGGCUCCAUCCAACCGGUCGGUUUGGCUGGAUCAUGACCUGCAAGACUGGAUCACGUUCGAGGGCAUCGAUCGCCUCCGUGUCCUCGGCGGCGGGACGCUCAAUGGGAACGGGCAGCAGUGGUGGAUCAACUCGUGCAAAUUCAACACAUCAAUGCCAUGCGUCACUGGCCCGACGGCGCUGUACUUCAGAAGAUGCACACACCUAAUCGUGGAGGACCUGGAGGUGAGGGAUAGCAUGCAGAUGCACGUCGCGAUCGCCUACUCAUGGAAAGUGCUCAUUUCAAAGCUGUUCCUCACUGCACCGGGAUGGAGCCCCAACACUGAUGGCAUCCAUGUAUCCAACAGCAAGGAAGUGUCCAUAAGCGACUGCAGCAUCAGCACAGGUGAUGACUGUAUCUCCAUUGUGACUGGCUCGAUGUUUGUACGGGUGACAGACAUAUUUUGUGGACCGGGCCAUGGAAUAAGCAUUGGUAGCCUAGGAGCAAACAGCUCAUGGGCCCAUGUCUCUGACGUACUGGUGGAGAAGGCCACUCUGCUAGGCACUACCAACGGUGUGCGGAUCAAAACUUGGCAGGGAGGACAUGGCUAUGCUGAGAGGAUAACUUUUCAAGAUAUAUCAAUGAAUAAUGUUACUAACCCUAUAAUUAUCGAUCAGAAUUACUGUGACUCUAAGAAACGAUGUGAUGAGCAGGAGUCAGCUGUUGCCGUACGUGAUAUACGCUAUAGAAACAUCCAUGGAACAAGUGCUUCAAAAGUUGCCGUCAGUUUUAUUUGCAGUGGAGCUGUCCGUUGUGAUGGAAUACUGGUACAAGAUAUUUACUUGGUUGGAGAAGGAAGAUAUGCUACAUGUUCUUACACGAACGCCACAAUUGUACAAUUAGGGUAUAGCUUCCCUUUUUGCAGCGCGGAAAUGUAGUACCAUAGGGGUAGCCACAUGCUGUAUACAUGCUUAUUCAUUCAGAACAUUCUAAGAAAGCAAAAGUAGGUAAAACACAUGAUUUAAUUGCCCUCACACUCGGAGUCCAACAUGUUAAUUAGUUUCUUGUUUUGUUACAAGUGUAUGCUGCCAUUUGCUUCAUG